AUGGAGGCGUUCGCAGAGCAGAGCAGAGCGGACAGAGCGGACCACCAGUCCGCUGGCUACUGCUACCAGUGGCAGUACGUGCGUGGCAGCGGAAGAGAGCGGACCGCCGAACACACAGAUACUUUUCGACGGCACCCACGUAGAGGUGCAUCUGCGGACAUGGCCAUGGACUUUGAGGAGAUACUGGUCAAGUGCGGCGACUCCCACCGCUACCAGUACAUGCUGUUGGCUCUCUACGGACUGCUGAUGUUCAUCGUCUCCCGCCACUACUUCGCUCAAAACGUCAUUGGGUUUGUGCCCGAUCACUGGUGCUAUCACGAGCAGCUGGAGAAUCGUAGCUAUGCCGAAAUAGCUGCAAUUUACGCCCCAUUCGAGAGGCCAUCGUGCACGCGACUGGCAUCGAUCAACAAGGAUGGCGGCAAUGCCACUGCCAGCGAUGAGCCCUGCAACCGAUGGAUUUACCACUAUGACCAUGGAUUCAUAAGCAUGAACGCUGAUCUGAAUUGGGUUUGCGAUGAUGCGUACAAGGCACGAGUGGGUCAGUCGCUUUUCUUCGUGGGCUCCAUGUGUGGCACCCUACUGUUUGGGCUACUUGGCGACAGGAUUGGACGCAUCAGGGCUGUAGUUUUGGCCAAUUGGUGCGGCUUUCUGGGCGACUCGGCCACCAUUUUCGCAGAGAGCCUGGUGACUUUCUCGGCCAGCCGGUUUGUAUCUGGAUUGGCUGCUGAGGCAAACUCCUACCUCAUGUUUAUUCUGGUUUUGGAGUACGUCUCUCCGACGAUGCGAAGUGUGGGCUUGAACCUGACAAUGUGUAUUUUUUACUGUCUGGGCUUGAUAUGUGCCUCUUGGCAGGCCGUCUGGUUGGGCAGUUGGCGAUCCUUCAUGGUCUGGACAGCACUGCCCCAGCUGUUAGUCACUGGGUUCUACUUUCUGAUCCAGGAGAGCGCCCAGUGGCUGGUCACGCGCCACGACUUCGAUGGCGCUGAACUGAGGCUGCGCCGUGUGGCCAAGUUCAAUCGGCGCGAUGUCAGCGAGGCGGACUAUGAGCUAUUCCGUCAGCAUUGCAAGACGAAGCAGUCCGAGGCCAGGAGUCAGAUGUCCUUGCAGAAGCAGGCACGUCUCGUUGACUCACUCAAGCUGCCACGCCUGCGCCUCAGACUGAUCUACGUAAUGGUUAUCUUCUCGAUAGUAACGCUUUGCUAUAACACGAUGUCGCGCAAUGUGGAAGGUCUUAGCAUAUCACCGUUCGUCAUGUUCAUCCUCUUCGCCCUGACCUUGCCUCCAUCAGGCAUCUUCCAGACCCAAGUCCAGAAGCACUUCGGUCGCAAGUUUACCUCGGUGGUCAGCAUGACGGCAACUGGAUUGAUGACCGCCGCCACGGGGAUUUUGUUGACCUUCUGGACGCAGCCCAACGCCACGGUGAUGGUGUGCCUCCUGCUGAUGUGCCGGUUCGGGAUCUCCGUGACCACAGGAUCCACCAUGCAGAUAUCGACUGAGCUGAUGCCCACCUGUGUGAGAUCUAGUGGUCUGGCGGUGAUUCAUGUCACCGGAGCAGCCUUGUCCUUCAUCUCGCCCUUCAUACUCCACUUGGACACCUAUUUCCGAGCAGCAUCCUCGAUCAUUACCUGCCUUCUGCUGCUACUUAGUGCCUGGAUCUGCCUGCUCCUGUCGGAGACGAGAAACAAAAAGCUGCCUUUGACUUUGGCGGAGGGCGAAGAGUUCGGCAGGGGCGAACGCAUGUUCGACUUUAUAAGAGGUUUCGAAAAGGAAGACGAACACAAUCUCAGCGCUGGCACCAAUGAGAAACUAAUGGGGGAUAAGCGUACUUACUAAGUAGGUGCUUAAUGUAAUGCCAGAAUUUGUUACUAUUUUAGGCUAGUCGCUUAUUGCAUUUAACUGUGUUCAUUAUAAUUUAUUUUGAGCAAAGUGUUAUAUAAUGUAUAAUGUUAAUUAAGUUUUUGCAGAAUACUAUUCGUGUUUGUUUGUGAUCUUUAUAAUCAAGCUUACUUUAUGCCAUUCAAAUUCAUAUGCUGAACAUUAAGUGUCUUCUUUAUCUAUACUUGCAGACUAUUUCUUAACAACAUUGUAAGCAUAAAUCUGAGUAGUAUAUAAAGUACAAGAUAAUAUUAAUUAUGGCCAGCUGACAAUAAGAAUGGCAAGAAGACUGCCUAAUAAUUAUUGCUGUCGGUGGUUUGGAUAAGGAAGAUGUAGUCAUAGUUAAGUUCUGUUAAGCUUAUGGAUGAUAAAAUAUAUGUAUGUAUGCAAACGUAAAACACGCAUUUAAACAUAAUAGUAAUUGGGUUUCAAAUGCCUUAAGAAUAUUAGUUACUAAAGCCUAGGUCCGCCCCGAAUUGUAUAGAUCUAUAAAAUACAGACAUAAAUAAAUUUCCCACAA